AUGGCACUCCGAUUUCGGCGAGAGGGCGACUUCAUCAAGCACAGGGUGCACAUGGAACGUAUGGGCAUAUCACCUUGGAUCGAGGACUUCAAGUGGCGAGUGAUUGAUUGGCACUACCAGUACUACAUGGGCCCGAAGGCCCGGAAUGCCGUGAUGUCGAAUCAGAGGCAUGCUCGAUCCAUCCAGGACAUGUACGACAAGAGAGCUAAUGGCUUUGUGCAAAGACUUGCCAAAGACGAUGCUAUCACCGCCCCAUAUUCUCCUGCAAGGACGAAAUACUUCGCUUGGACCACUUGCCUGCCAAGGGUCACGCCGCUGCAUAAGAGUUCCAAUCCAUUCUGCCCGGUGACUCCAAACAGAACCGGUUGGCGCGAGUACAUCGAGCAAAAGGAGGUGCGGGGCGCUGUGCGGCCAACAUCUCCGAAGAACAAGCAGCACAAAAUCCAACACAUCAUGGAUCCGAAGCCAAAGGGCUCCAAGCAUGUGAUGUCUGGGACGGACGACACGGUUCCCAUCUUUCCAACACAAGUCUGA